CAAGGAUAGGCAGACAUGGAAAGACUGAGAGGCAAAAGGCCAAUGACCAGCGUUUGCCCCGACCGAUCCGACUGGGGCGUCAGGAACAUCUUCCAUUUCCCUUGGAGCGCAUUUAUCGGCUUUUUGGACUAAGCACCGCCCAUCAUUCUUUUUUUAACUUAUUCCUCGUUUCGAAAAUUUUGAACCUCCGUGGUUUUAAUAUACGUCCACCUCUCUUUAUUGAAUUUCCUUUUAGUUCCCGUCGCUCUCUUACUUCUCUUUGCCGACCAUGGCGUCCCAGAACAACUUCAUGACCGCCAUGACCAACCGGUCGCUGCGCACUGUCCGAUUGGAACUUGAGUUCCUUGCGGAUGCGUCGGUCAUCACUCCGCAACAACUGUCCUCGAUUGUAUCCCAACUUCCCCAGGAGAACACUGAACGUUCCACCUCUGAACGUUCCGUCUCUGUACCUCAAUCGCAGCCACCUGUCCAGCGGCACCAACCCCCAGUUGCAGCCCCAACUCCCAUCCAGCCUUCUCCAGCUCCAUACUCUCCUCCAACCCAACAAUUUGCCAAUACCUCGUUGAACGAGAAGGCCGCCUAUCAACCGCCCCCACAGCAUUAUACUCCACCACCUGCUUAUCCCCAAGCUCCUCCAGUGCUCUCGGUCGCCAAUGCACUCUACGCUUACACUCCAACGGAUCCCGGUGAUCUGGCCCUCCAGCCCCAUGACCGGGUUCAAGUGCUGGAGCACAUGAACGCCGAUUGGUGGCGUGGUCGUAACGAGCGGACCAACUUGGAGGGUAUCUUCCCUCGUAGUUAUGUGAGCGUGAUAGAAGACAAGGCGGCGCCAGCUCCUCCUUCGGGUUACGGAAAUAUGCCCCUCGAAGUCAGCCAGGGUGGCUCCGCCGAAAAUCCGGAGGAGAAGAAAACCGGCAAGUUUGAAGAGCAGGGCAAGAAGUUCGGCAAGAAGAUGGGCAAUGCCGCUAUCUUCGGUGCCGGUGCUACUAUCGGUUCCAACAUUGUGAAUAGCAUUUUUUAGUGUGUUCGCUUUUCCAGCUUUCAUUAAUACCGGAGGGGUCUCAAGUUGGAUACCAUGCGUGUUGAAUCCGUUUCUCACUCCUUUUGUUUCUGGGAAUGGCGUUGGUGGUGUCUUUUCUUUUGCUGCUCGGGAGCCUCGUUCAGUUUGGCUAAUGGGGAUUAUUUUGGAACCGUAUGUCGCGGGUUAUUUAUAGCAUGAUCCAUAGCCACGACGUUAAUACAAUUAUCAGAAUGCGACUUUCCAUGCAAUGAUCUGUGAAGCCUUAGUUGAAUUCUAUGAACGGAUAACUAAUAGGAGUAAAUCAAAUAUUGGUGCAAAUCCAGCGACGAGGAUAUCCAAAUAAUACCUGAGGCCUCCCAAUCCAACCCCGCCCUCCAUGCAGUGCCAGGUGCUAUCUUGUAACUCCCUCAUAUCCUCUAGAUCCGCCCUAGCAAGCUUUCCACUCGAAGCCACAUGAAACCCCACUAGCAGAAGAAAUUUGAGUCCAGCGCGCCACGUUGGAUGUUUAAGCGCCGGCGAUCAUGCACGUCUCCACAACUAGAAGCCAGACCCAGCAGGCUGGCGCAAACUUAUUCGGCAUCGUCACUAUGGACAAAUAUUGGAUAAUUCUUUCUCUAGGAAGCUGGCGAAGCGCCACUACUACACCAUGUCGAGUUUCACCAUGUAUCUUGCCAGUAGGCGCCUUGCAAGGCUGAU